UCUUGAUAACUCCGUCAAGAAUGACAAGAAAAAGAUGUCCUUUAUCCCAAAGAUAUUUUCUUACAAGAGACGAACUAGAGGUGGCUCAUCAGAUGAGGAAUUUGUAUUACCAGAUUGUGGAGUUUCUCCUACAGGUACCGGAGGUUUAAUCGAAGGGCUGAAUCUCUCAGAUUUCGGCUGUUCCAUGGCUUCGCCAAAGACUGAACCUCGUGAUUUCCGGGUGUUCGUUGCAACUUGGAAUGUGGGAGGGAAGGCACCAAAUCUUGACAUGAACCUUGAAGAUUUCUUUCUAACGGAGGAUUCUGCAGAUAUUUAUGUCUGUGGGUUUCAGGAAAUUGUUCCACUCAAUGCCGGAAAUGUUCUAGUGAUUGAAGACAAUGAACCUGCCGCAAAAUGGUUGGUCCUUACAAACCAAGUACUUAACAAGCCCGAAUUCGGUUUCACGCAGCCAUCUUCAGACUGUGGCCGAAGUUUCAAAUGCUCCCAUUCCUUAUCGAAAGAGUCAAAAUCUCCCAACAGUCACUUCUUCUACAAGCCCUCACUCAAAAUCCUUAGUAAGAAUUUCAGGGCGGAAAGUAGCCUUCUCAAGACCUGUAACUGUCCGAUCCAAUCCACACAUGGGACCAAGAGAGGCCAAAAAAAGCUUAGGGAUUUAGCCUGCAAACUAGACCUCCGUCCCCUACCUGCACGUCGCUAUGGUGCUGCCGAUGAUGACUUGGUUGAUCUUUCUAACAUGCCCCAAAAUUUUUCAACCGGACGAAUGGGUUACCGGCUCGUAGCCAGUAAGCAAAUGGUUGGGAUUUUCCUCUCCAUAUGGACUCGAACUGAGUUAGUGCCAUACAUUGGUCAUCUACGAAUUUCCUGUAUAGGAACAGGAAUAUUGGGACGACUGGGCAACAAGGGAUGUAUAGCAGUAAGCAUGACAUUGCACCAGACCAGCUUUUGCUUCGUCUGCAGUCACUUAGCUUCGGGCGAGAAGGAAGGCGAUGAGCUCAAGAGGAAUGCCGAUGUUAACGAGAUACUCAGAAGCACACAGUUCCCCAAGAUGUGCAAAGCUUCCAAUCCUCGAGCACCGGAGAGAAUUAUUGAGCAUGACCGAGUAAUAUGGCUUGGAGACUUGAAUUAUCGUGUAGCCUUGAGCUAUGAGAAAACCAGGACUCUGUUGGAGGAGAACAAUUGGGGCGUCCUUCUCGAGAAAGAUCAGUUAAACAUAGAGAGAGAUGCCGGAAGAGUCUUCAAUGGAUUCCACGAGGGACGAAUAACCUUCGCUCCUACGUACAAGUAUUCUCAGAAUUCAGAUUUAUACGCCGGCGAAACUGUUAAAUCAAAGAAAAAACGACGAACCCCUGCAUGGUGCGAUAGGAUAUUAUGGCACGGUUACGGCAUUGAGCAAUUAUCGUACGUUCGCGGCGAGACGAGAUUCUCCGAUCACCGGCCUGUUUCCUCAUUGUUUGCAGUGAAGGUCGAAGUAAUGAGGAAAUCCGAUAACAGAUUCAGAAAAGGUUAUUCAUGUGCGGUAAAUAGAUCGGCAUACGAAGAUUCUAUACCUAAACGACAUAGUUUCUAUGAGUUGUAACUCCAAGUUUCGUUUGUUUAUUCGUUUAGAUUAUUAUAAAGAAA